GUGGGUGAGUAGAUAAUAUUUUAGCUUUCAAAAAAUAAAAAUAGAUAACACAUUUUAAUGCAUUCCAAGAAAAAAGCCUCCAUACUUCCACCAUUCAGUAACCUCUGUUUCAUUCUCUCACAUUUUUUUUUCAAUAAUCCAAGAUUUCAGCCCCCAUCACCCCAGUACUGAGAUUUUCAUGUGGUAGUUCACUUCCACAUUGCUCCACUUAUGGAUCAACAACAUCAAUCUCAUUGCCCGGCCUGCAUGAAAAAGGAAAGCUGCAGAACAGUACGGUCCCGGACUAAGCUAAUGAACAUCCUAAUAGAAAGAGGAAAACCCCAAGAAGCUCUGUCUAUUUUCGACUGUUUGAUCGAAGGAGGGCAUAGACCAUCUUUGAUUACAUACACAACUCUCUUGGCAGCCUUAACUAUCCAGAAGAACUUCGGUUCCAUACAUUCUAUCAUCUCUCAGGUCGAAGAAAACGGAAUGAAACCCGACUCGAUUUUUUUCAAUGCUGUUAUAAAUGCUUUCUCUGAAUGUGGAAAUAUAGAAGAAGCCAUGGAGACUUUUUGGAAGAUGAGGGAAAGUGGACUGAAACCCACUACUAGCACUUAUAACACGCUAAUCAAAGGGUACGGGAUUGCCGGUAAGCCCGAAGAAUCUGUUAAACUGGUAGACCUAAUGUUGCAGGAGGGGAAUGUCAAACCCAAUCUCCGAACCUAUAAUGUACUUGUCCGAGCAUGGUGCAAAAAGAACAACAUGACAGAAGCUUGGAAUGCGGUUAAUAAGAUGAUUGCCUUCGGAAUGCAACCAGAUGCUGUUACCUACAAUACCAUAGCGACCGCUUAUUCACAGAAUCAAGAGACUGAGCGAGCCGAAGGUGUGAGUUUAGAGAUGCAGAAAAAUGGUGUGCAGCCUAAUGAGAGAACUUGUGGCAUCAUUAUCGGUGGAUAUUGUAAAGAAGGUAAGAUCAAGGAGGCCUUGAGGUUUGUAUAUAGGAUGAAGGAACUCGGCGUCUGUCCUAAUCUCGUGAUGUUCAAUGGAUUGAUCAAAGGUUUUGUUGACAUCAUGGACAGAGAUGGGGUUGAUGAGGUACUUUCUUUGAUGGAAGAAUCUAGGGUCAAACCCGAUGUUAUAACUUUUAGCACCAUUAUGAAUGCAUGGAGUUCAGCAGGAUUUAUGGGUAAAUGCAGGGAAAUAUUUGAUGACAUGGUGAAAGCAGGAAUACAGCCUGACAUUCAUGCCUAUAGCAUUCUUGCUAAAGGUUAUGUGCGAGCACAAGAACCGGAUAAAGCCGAAGAACUUCUAACAAUCAUGAUUGAAUCAGAAGCAUCCCCUAAUGUUGUGAUCUUUACUACCGUUAUCAGUGGCUGGUGCAGUGCCGGUAGAAUGGAUCAGGCAAUUAAGAUUUUCUACCAAAUGUGUGAAUAUGGAGUAUCUCCCAAUUUGAAAACCUUUGAGACCUUAAUAUGUGGAUAUAGUGAAGCCAAACAACCAUGGAAAGCAGAAGAACUUCUCCAAGUAAUGAAAGAGUUUGAGGUUCGGCCCGAGAAAUCAACCAUAUUCCUUAUUGCCGAAGCUUGGCGCGCCUCUGGAUUGUCAAAAGAAGCAAACAGAAUUCUGGGUUCGGUUCAUAGCAAGGAAAUGAAAAUCGAGACAACAAAAGAGAUACCAACCGAAAGCUUAGAGAAACUAUAUCACAGGCAAACUACAAUGCCCUCACAUUCAAGUCUCUUACAGAUUCCAAACAUGGUUACAGAUGAUCAAAAGUGGUCAGCUCUGUCUCUUCGAAAAGGUCGCAUGGUGCUAAGAGAUGCCGAUCCUCCGUUGGAUUGCUCGUGGCUUGUUACAAAAUCGAAGCACAUUCCGUUGGGCUGUAAAUUUAGAGCAAGGUGUCCCAUUGUUUGCCAGAAGCAAUGCCAACAGCAGCUCGGAAUAUAUGGUCAGCUUACACAUUCAUGUACAGUUGUUUUUCUUAACUGAGUAAAAAAAAGACACUAAUGAGCUUCUGCUAUUAAAGUCAUGAUUUCAUUUCUCUAAAGAAACAGAAAUUCGUCAUCAAAAUACUUCAAGAUUUGUAAAGAGAGCUCUUUCACAUUGACGAACUACUUUAUUCCUUUUGUUUUGCUGAGAAAUGCAAGUAAAUAUUGUUCUUUGUA